AUGACGGACGCAGGCCAGCUCAUCGUCGCGCGACACAUCCAAAACAUGAGUGAGGCCACCUCGCUCGAGCCGCACUGGGGCUACGUCGACCGCGCGCUGCCCUGCACCAGCGAUGCCGGGUCCUGCGCCUACCUCGACGUCGUCUACCACUCGCACGACCUCGGCAUGCUCUACUCGGGCAUCCUCUGGGCCACGCUCGGCGGCAUCCUCUUCCUCUGGACCAUCCUCCGCCGCGUCGGCACCCGCAGCGACGUGCCGUAUGACGAUGCCGUCUCACCAGACGACGAAGCACAGACGGAGAGCACGCAGCCAAAGGGCCUGGGGAGAUGGACCUCGACCCUCGGCGCCGCCGCACGUCGCCACCUGCUGCCCGAGACGUGGGGCCGGAAGAUCCUUGGACGGACGACGCGCCUCCAGCUCCUCAUCCUCGCCGUCUUCGCCGGCUACCUGCUCAUCUGGUCGUUAGCCGGCAUCGCCUACCACACCUGGGUGACGCCCGUCAAGAGGCUGCCGGGCGUCUACAACAUCCGCACCAGCCUCGGUCCGUGGGCGGACCGGGUGGGCACGCUCGCGUUCGCGCUGACGCCCUUCAGCAUCCUUCUCUCGAGCCGCGAGUCGCUCCUCUCGCUGCUGACGGGCAUCCCCUACCACCACUUCAACUUCCUGCACCGCUGGCUCGGACACAUCAUCUUCAUCCAGGCCAGCCUGCACACGGUCGGGUGGUGCAUCGUCGAGAUCCGGCUGUACCAGCCGCAGCCCAGCGUCGCGGCCGAGUGGAUCGUGCAGCGCUACAUGGUCUGGGGCAUCGUCGCCAUGGCACUGCUCCUCCUCCUCUGGGUGCUCAGCCUGCCCAUAUCGAUCCGAUUUACGGGCUACGAGUUCUUCCGCAAGGCCCACUACGUCCUCGCCAUGCUCUACAUCGGCGCGUGCAUCGGACACUGGAAGCAGCUCCAGGUCUUUCUCAUUCCCGCUCUCUCAAUCUGGUUCGUCGACCGCGCCCUCCGCCUCGUCCGGACCGCGUUGCUGCACUACAACUACCUCGACGCAGCCGACGGCAGGAGCAGGACGGGCUUCGCACCGGCCCGCGCCGAGGUGACGCGCUUCGAGGACGCCGAGCACGGCGACAUCCUCCGGCUCGACUUUGACUACCCGCACCAGCCCUGGAAGGUCGGCCAGCACUUCUACCUCUGCUUCCCCGACUCGAGCAUCUGGCAGUCGCACCCCUUCACGCCCAUGUCUUGCCCGCAAAAGGGUCGCGAUGACGGGGGCAUGACGAGGCACACUUACCUCAUCCGAGCCAAGAAGGGCGAGACCAGGAAGCUGGCCGACCUCGUGGCAGGCCGGACAGCGCCGACAGCGGGGUCGCGGAUCGGCAGCAGCACCGACGAGAAGAGCACCGUGGUGACGUCGUCGGUCCAGACACCUGUCAUCCUCACGGGACCGUACGGCGAGUCGAUCGUCGACGGCUUGACGCUGGGAAGUCUCGACAACGUGCUCUGCGUCGCCGGCGGGACGGGCAUCACGUUCGUGCUGCCGGUGCUGCUGCACCUCGGUCGGCAGCGCCUCCUUGGCGCGGGGCGGAAGAGGGACUUUGAGCUGAUCUGGAUCGUUCGACGCGCCGAGGACAUCAAGUGGUGUCGGCCAGAACUCGAGGAGCUGCAGAGCUUCAAGCGGGUCCGCGUCAGGAUCUUUGUCACCCGCCAGCAUCGAGUGUUUCCAUCGUCGCGCGUCGAAACGGGACUGGAGGACGAGGAGGAGGUCUUGACCAAGCCGAUUUCCCCCUCGCCAUCCAUCCAAAGCGACCUCGAGACGCCCUUGGACGCAUCGGAUGAGAAGAGAUGCCUGUCGGAACCCUCGUCAGCCUCCCGCACCGCGACGACGAACGCGCCAAGAAUCGAGUAUUCGACGGGCGCAGCACCAGAUCAGCGCCACCCGGACCUCGGUCGAUUGGUUCGCGCGUUCAUCGAGGGUACGUCGGCGGGCCGAACCAAGGUGUUUGCAAGCGGACCGGGCGGCAUGGUCUCGGACCUGCGCAAGGUGGUGGCGUCGAGCAACGAUGCCGGCAAAGUGUGGCGGGGCGAGCAGAAGUUCGACGUCGACCUGAUCUCGGACAACCGCCUCGAGUGGUGA